AUGGCGGCCCUAGUCAUCGUUGCUGGUUGCUGCUAUAGUUUUGUGUGUGGAAUAUAGAAAUUAUUAAAAUUUCUGUAAAUGAAGGACAUUGUGUAAAAACGAAGUGGAAAUGGUUAUUAAUCUUAUAAAUUAAAACUUGAAACCUAAAUCACAAACUGUAGUUCUAAAGGACGUGCGUAGAAGGCCAGAAUGUCAAGCGAUGAAGACAAACCACCUGCGCCUCCGGUGCGACUCACCAGCAACCGGGCAACCGACCGUGGGGAUUCUGUAGCCUCUGUAGACAUGAGGCCUUUACCAAAAGAGCCUGAUGAUAGUGGGGAUAGAAAGAAGAAAACAUUAAAAGCAAAAAUCAAAGGCUCGAAAAGUACUGCCCACAAUGAUAAUAAGCCAAAUAUUAGCUAUCCAACUAACUUUGAACAUACAGUCCAUGUUGGAUUUGAUGCUGUUACAGGAGAAUUCACAUCCUAUAACUUUGUUACCAAGGGCAUGCCUGAAGCUUGGGCGCGUUUGUUGAUGGCAUCCAACAUCAGUAAGCAAGAGCAGAAGAGUAAUCCACAAGCAGUUUUAGAUGUUCUCAAAUGGUAUGAUGCCUCUGCGACACAGCCACCACCAUCGAAAUACAUGACAUCAGCUCAGAUGCAUACUACUCACUCAGGUUCGUCAGUAUCGCGAGUAUCAUCGAGCAGUCCCUCGUCGUCCACUCCGACGGACACUGAGCACCCGGAGCCCCCGCCGCCGCCGCCUUCUCGACCUGACCGCACCAAGAGUAUUUAUACAAAGCCAAUAGAGGAAGAAGAAGCGCCGCCCCCGCGCCCCGCGCCCGCCCCGCCCUCACCACCACACGUGCCGCAUCCUGUUCUCACCACGCAUUCAAUAUGCAGUCGAGGGGAAACGGGGUCGCCGCUGGACCGCAACAAGAACCCGGCGGGAGCGCAGACGCCGCCCGCGCUCGCACCGCACCCCGCGCUGCCCGUCCUGCCCGCGCACGUGCCGCCCGCCACACCGCCCGCCAACGGCGCGCCCGCCACCGACACCACCGGAAGAGCAACCGGUCAGCAACAGAGGAAAAAGAAAAUGUCAGAUGAAGAAAUUUUAGAAAAAUUAAGAACAAUUGUCAGUGUGGGGGAUCCUAAUAGAAAAUAUACAAAAAUGGAAAAAAUUGGUCAGGGGGCGUCGGGAACAGUGUACACGGCCAUCGAAACAUCCACCGGCAUGGAGGUUGCGAUCAAACAGAUGAACCUCAGCCAGCAGCCCAAGAAGGAGCUCAUUAUCAACGAGAUCCUCGUGAUGCGGGAGAACAAGCACAACAACGUCGUCAACUACCUCGACAGCUACUUAGUUAAUGAGGAAUUGUGGGUAGUGAUGGAGUACCUAGCUGGCGGGUCGCUCACGGACGUGGUGACGGAGACGUGCAUGGACGAGGGGCAGAUUGCCGCCGUGUGCCGCGAGGUGCUGCAGGCACUGCACUUCCUGCACACCAACCACGUCAUACAUCGCGACAUCAAGUCCGACAACAUCCUGCUCGGGCUAGACGGGCAGGUCAAACUGACUGACUUUGGUUUCUGUGCUCAAAUAUCCCCCGAACAAAACAAAAGAACAACCAUGGUUGGAACACCUUAUUGGAUGGCGCCUGAAGUUGUUACAAGAAAACAGUACGGGCCAAAGGUAGAUGUAUGGUCACUGGGUAUAAUGGCGAUUGAGAUGAUCGAAGGCGAGCCACCGUACCUCAACGAGAACCCGCUCCGGGCGCUGUACCUGAUCGCGACCAACGGCAAGCCUGACAUCAAGGACAAGGAGAAACUCAGCACCGUCUUCCAGGACUUCCUCGACCAGUGUCUAGAAGUCGACGUGGACAGGAGAGCGACAGCCCUUGACUUGCUAAAGCACCCAUUCCUUAAGAUGGCGCGGCCGCUGGCGUCGCUGACGCCCCUCAUCAUGGCGGCGAAGGAGGCGGCCAAGGGCCAUUAGCGCAGGCCCGCGGCGCCCGCCGCGCCCGCGCCCUAGCGCCGCAGUGCCUCAUACCGCGAUCACCACUGACAGGGACGUAUCCAACACUAAUUGACUAGUUGGACUGACACUGACACGAUUCAGCCGCCGGACUUCCCUAAAAAGUGAAACGGUGAGUGCUCCCAUCCCCCAAUCGUAUCAUGGAUGCGCCCCUCCGGAUUAUUUAUUUAAUCGUCAUCAUCGAAUCGGUGUUAGCCACGGUUACUAGUGAGUAUGUUGACGUCUCCGACGAAACUUUAAGUAUCUACUUAUAGAGCAAUAUUUUAUGUUUAUAUAAAAUGGCUGCAUAUUAAUUAAUACGAGAGGUGAUCAUAUUUUUACAAAUUGAAGAUUGAUAACUUAGCAGUCCAAUAGGCGUAGUGAUUCGUAGGUGUCGUGUAGAAACGUUAUUUAUUGUAAUUAGGGUCGCCUCGCGUCGCCGUGUCCCUCCCGAGCGCGCCGGAAAACGGAUAGUGUUUUGUAGAUAUAGGCGUUAGUUACUCCAAAUGUUACGAUAAAAUCUGCGAAAAGAAGACUGGCAGUUGACUCUUAGACGUAAUGUUAUUUAAUAGUAGAAUACGGUAGUGAUAUACAGUUAGGGAAACAGCUUAUUCACUGUGAUGGUAGAGGAGCGGCGCGGGGCACGGCCGCGAGCGGCGAGCGACGUGUGCAGAGUGCUUGGGAAAUAUAUUAUCAUUUAUCACUGAAGCGAUGCGUAACAAAAUUGAUUUUAGAUAAGAUAUUCUUUUUAUUUAUACUUAAUAGUAUAUUGUAGCUUGAUAAAGUAUCACGCAUCUCAUUAAUAUUUAUGAAUGUGUGUUGCGUAUUUUAUUUUUCUAUUUUCGACUGACCUUUUUUUUAUUAGAGAACAGAAUGUCUGUUGCCCUAACGUAUUAAUGCUUUUUGACUGUCGGUACUAGCUAGCUAGAUUGAUCUAUCUAUGCCUAUUCUUAAUUAUUAGAACUUUGAUUUAUUGUAAGAUAGAUGCUUUUAGUUUUUUGAGAUUUUUAAAUCUUAAUUUUGGAUAUUUAAUCAUUUCAACAUUUUAAUUGUAUAGUUACGAUAUUCCCGAACAAAUGAUUUAAAUUUUGAUGUUACAGGUUGCAUAAGUUACUUUAAUUAUGAAUGUAUUAUGAAAUAUAACUUUAUUUUUUUGACGAUAUCAUUGUUAGUCAUGAGAGCGAAGCAUUUACCUAGUAUUAAGUUUAUAUAGUUUAUCGUACUGAUUAUAUUCGAAAUUAAGAAAGAUUGGAAAUUUGAGGCACAAAAGUUUAUUUCCUGAAGAUUAUGAAAAAUAUAACACUAUAAUAAUAUACAUUAUAAUCGAUUUCGUGAAGAAUAACUAAAUAAUAAAUUAACAAGACAAUAGCAAGCAGUAGUUGUAAAUUAUAAAAAAUAAUCUGUUAAUCUUGAAAAAUGUAAAAAAAGACCAUGAUACUAUAACAAUUUAUUUGUACUAUUUAAAAAACUAAUGACUCUCUGCUUUUAUAUUUAUAGGUUGUGCCGAAAGAUGCUGUUAAAUUUUCUUUUUUAUGUGAUUUUGCUAUUUUGUGUUUUUGACGAAAGUAUGAUUGAAUGAAAAUGAAUGACGAAUGAAUGACGUGAUCGAAGGAAAGCGAGCUUGUCAAGUCUCGUCAAGUGUAAAUUGUACAGAUAAAGUUAGGCACAUGUAGUAUACUCUUGACAAUAUCAAUGACCAAUUACGCUCUAGAUUUUUUUGUUUGUCUCUGGUUGGUGCACCUAUUGACAACUUGGAAUAUUGGAUUCAGAUUCUAUACCUUGUAUCUACCUAUAUGAAUACUAUCCAACACUACAUUUUAAUUACCAUAAAUUUUUUAAUUUAUAUAAUGAAUUAAUGUGUGGCAAACUAUACCUAAUUUUUCUCCAGAUUAAUCCAUACGUGUUGCCGAGCAAUAGUUGAUUAAAAACAGGUCAAGUGCGAGUCGGACUCGUACACGAAGCGUUCCGCACUAUCGUACAAGAAAUCUCAAACCAGUAUAGUAAUUCAAGUUAAUGCCGUACAGCGCCAUCUUGAUGUGAUUUAUUAAACGAAUUAUUUCGGAAAUAAGUUUUUAUUUGUUUUGUAAUGGCAUAGCACCACAAAUUCACGGUUUGCUGAUUUUUUCUUUACUUGUGCUAUAAGACCACGCUACUUGCCAUAAAAACUAGGUGAACAGGAAGAACAGAAUAGGUUUUUUGACAGACUCGACAGACAAGCAGACACACAACGAAGUGAUCCUAUAAGCUAAUGUGCUUAUAAACUGUAUUGUAUGGGUUACUUUUGAAGUACGGAACCCUAAAAAUUUAAGCUAUGAUUAACGAAACGUCAUGUUAACGCCGCGUGUCACAUACGAUUACGAUUAACAAUAUUUUGACCAAUAUUUCUAUUAUUUAUGGAUAGUUUAGGACAAGUUUUGGAAUUUUUUAUGGUUAUUAAAAAUUAGUAGUAUAUAAAGAACCUUAACAAGUUAGGGUCUGAAACUACCACUUUGAAUAUUUGAAAGAGUAACACUCACAAUAAAAACCGGCCAAGUGUGAGUCAGACUCGCGCAUCGAGUUCCGUACUCGGGUAAUUUUUCCGACAUUUUGCACGACAAAUCAAAAACUAUUA